AUGGCAUUCAAGCUUUACCACUACGACCCUUCCGCAGGCGCCGCUGUUGCGUUUGCUGCAAUUUUCGGGUUAACAACGGUUGUCCAUAUAUGGCAGAUGGCAAAGGCAAGGGCUUGGUUCAUGACUGCCUUCAUUAUCGGUGGCUUCUUCGAAGCAAUUGGCUACCUCUGCAGAUACAUCAGCGCAGAGCAGACCCCAAACUGGACGACAAAGCCGUAUAUAGGGCAGAGUUUGCUCCUUCUCCUUGCUCCAGCGCUAUUCGCCGCGUCCGUAUACAUGAUCCUGGGCCGGAUUAUUCGACUGCUGAACGCGGGUUCUCUCUCGUUGGUCCGUCCGAAUUGGCUGACCAAGGUCUUUGUAACUGGUGAUGUUAUCUCCUUUUUAAUGCAGUGCGGAGGUGGUGGCUUACUGGCGGGCGCCAAAACACAAGACAAGGUCGACAUGGGAGAACAUAUGAUCAUCGGUGGCCUCUUCGUUCAAAUCCUGUUCUUCGGUUUCUUCAUGAUCGUUUCAGUGAUUUUCCAUCGCCGUAUGCUUGCAACACCCAUGCAUCACAUGAUGUCCACGCAGCUGCCAUGGAACUACUACAUGAAGAUUCUGUACACGGUCAGUCUUCUGAUCAUGGUCCGGUCCGUAUAUCGUGUGGCCGAAUAUGUGCAAGGAAGCGACGGGUAUCUUCAGAGCAAGGAGGCCUUCAUCUAUGUUUUUGAUGCUGCACUAAUGUUCGCAUGCUGCGUUAUCCUUAAUGUAUCCCACCCGAGCAAGCUCUUGUCGCACAGUCAGGCGGGCCACAAAGUGGAUUCUGAUCUGGAGAUGCUGAACCCGGAACGGUAA